AUGGUGGCCAUUACUGUAAAGUCUCGGUCGAGAUCCAUCAAGGAUUUUGAGACGGAUCUUGUUGCUAAGAACAAUGUCAGUGUGUUGGUUGAUCAAUUGAGUGAAAAAAACAAAAUCAAGGCAAAUAGAUUGCGGAUCACCACCUUGGAUGACAAAGGCAAACACGUCCCUUUGAAUAAGGAAACUUCUUUUGGAGCCAAUGGGAUUUCUGGAAAAACCGCAACUUUGUAUGUGAAAGACUUAGGUCCUCAGUUGGGGUGGAGAACUGUUUACAUAUUGGAAUAUCUUGGACCACUUAUUUUCCAUCCUCUUUGGUAUUUGUUGGCACCUAACAUUUGGGGUGAUUUUCACUAUACUCAGACACAAACGUUUGCUUUAAUUCUUGCAACGUUGCACUUUAUCAAGCGUGAGUACGAAACGAUUUAUGUUCACCAUUUCUCCAACGAUACCAUGCCUGCUUUCAACUUGUUUAAGAACUCGAGUCACUACUGGUUUUUGUCGGGAACCAACAUUGCCUUGAGUAUUUACCAUCCCAAGGUUCAAUCUAAGGAGACCUGGAAGCGUUUGCUUUUGCACGUAAACGACCACAACCCCCCAAUGGUUUAUGCGUUGGCGUUGAUUUGGCUUCUUGCCGAGUCUAGCAACUACGUCGCCCACCAGACAUUAAGCAAGUUGAGACUGGAACCUGGAGCAACCAAGAGGUACACCAUUCCAUUUGGGUUUGGGUUCACAUGGGUCUCGUGUCCCCACUACUUUUUUGAGUCGGUUUCAUGGUUGGCAUACGCACUUUUAGUUGGAAACUGGACCACCUGGGUAUUCUGGGCCGUCGCAACCGGCCAGAUGUACUUGUGGGCAGUACAGAGACAUAAGAAGUAUUUGCGGACGUUUGGCGACGAGUACAAGAAACUCAGAAGAAAGAUAAUUGUUCCUGGUCUUAUUUGA